CUUCUCUUGUGGCCGAGUUCAGUUGACGCCGUGACCAAGAAUUGCGUGCGACUGAGAUUCAGAUUGCUCUUUCCAAGAAUCAUCACCAUUCAGCAUUUUAGUACACAGAACUGUCAAGCUCUUGCCAUUUUUUCACAGUAACAAGGAAAUAUUUUACCAUUUUAUCCUCACAAUGUCCGGAAAGUUUGAGCCCAAGGUCCCUGUUCAGUUGAACCCUCCUAAGGACGACCCUAUUUCCGUUGAGGAGUUGGCCAAGGCGAACGGUGCUGAUGGUGGAAAGUGUUACGUUGCCAUCAAGGGUAUCGUCUACGACGUAACAGGCAACAAGGCGUACCAGCCUGGAGGAUCUUAUCACGUAUUCGCUGGCAAGGACGCCUCGCGCGCUCUCGGCAAGACUUCGACCAAGGCCGAGGAUGUCAGGCCAGACUGGCAAGACCUUGAUGACAAGGACAAGUCGACGCUUAACGACUGGAUCACCUUCUUCUCCAAGCGCUACAAUGUAGUGGGCAAGGUCGAGGGCGCAACCAACAUGGAGUAAGAACUACGUCUGGAUAUAUGAAUACAUGUUUCGGUUUUGCUCUCGUCAUCCUUUUCUGAAGUUUCACAUUCUCACCUGCUAGUAGUAAUAGCUCGAUACCCUCUUCAAGUUACCCUGGCUCAAAGCUGUGAAAUACAUUCAGCUAGAAGUAAAGAUUCGGCUUCAAGCUGUACUGUAGCUGACACUAGGUCAAUCCGCAACCCUCUCAAGUUUAUUCUGGCGAUGCUUUUUAUAACCCCGGCCGAAGCCGCGAAUUUUCCCCGCAAAGCCUACAAAUCUCCCAUGAAGCCCGUCACAAUGCUGGAUACAUCGAUUCACAUGUUUGAUAUCA